CUGACCGCAUGUUGUGUAGACACGUUAAGUUAGUGCACGAAUCUCGUGUUUUGUCCGUUUUUCUUCUUCCGGAAACAAGAAAAGUUGUACGUUCACAGCUGCGGUCUUUUAUAAAUUGGAGGAUUGAUGAGAAACCGGUGAAAAUUGAUAAGUGGGACGGAGCUGCUGUGAAGAACUCUCUGGAUGAUGCAGCCAAGAAGGUGCUGUUGGAGAAAUACGGUUACGUGGAGAACUUCAGGCUGGUUGAUGGUCGUCUGUUCAUCUGUACCGUUUCCUGCCUCUUCGCCAUGGUGGCUCUGGUCUGGGACUACCUGCACCCUUUCCCAGAGUCCAGACCAGUCCUUGCCUGCUGCGUCAUCUCAUACUUCAUCAUGAUGGGCAUCCUGACUCUGUACACCACCUACAAAGAGAAGAACAUCUUCCUGGUGGCCCUGCAGAAAGAUCCGGCUGGGAUGGACCCAGACCACAUGUGGCAGCUGUCCUCCUCCCUCAAACGGUUCGACGACCAGUACACGCUCCGAGUGUCCUUCACCGACGGAAAGUUGAAGAACUCCAGGGAAGCAGAGUUCACCAAAUCUGUGUCGGCAUUCUUCGAUGAGAACGGGACGCUGGUGAUGGACCUGUUUGAAAAGAGUGUUUCUAAGCUUCACGACAUGCUGUGCACAGACAAGAAAACCAAAUAGUCCAUUUGUUUUUGACACUGAUGGGAGGUCGGACCCUGAGCAGCAGAGCGGUCUCCUUCCAGUUUAUCGCUUCAUUUCAGUUCUUUACAAAGCAGCCUGCAGGGAGGUAACACACCACAGCCAACGAGUAGUCUGCUUCUUGGGUUUUAAAAUCACAGCACGUUCAGGUGGCGAGGCAGCUGAAAGUAGACCUGUUGGUGUGUUCAAAGACACUGCAGCCUCAGUUUUAUUUUGGGCAGAGGCUGAAUAUCAAUCUGCUGGUAUGAGAUGCAUGUUGUUAGCGGGUUUUCUUAAUCAUAACAUGACCUAACCUUUAGUAAAAGUGGUUAAUAGACAUUUCAGUUUACAGAGAGCGUUUGCGUUUACCUGCCAUCCAGGAGCGAAGAC